CCCACCACCACCCCACUCCUCGACUUCCUCCCUGACUAGCGCCCCUGAAACUCGCUGCCGUCGCCGACCAUCGGGGACUGUCGGCGUCCGCCACCGCGCGUCGUCCGCAGGAACCUCUCCUUGCGCGCGUUUCUCCCUAGCCGCCUGGCGCCGCCCGUGAUCCGAACCACCGUGGACAGCAGCGCCACAAAAGGCUCUGGGAGCUACACCUCACACGCUCGUCUUGCCUCCUUCCUACACCGUCGCGCAUCGUCCGCCGGUUGAGGGCAAGGGAUCAAGUCCGCCACACCCGUGUCGACGGCCGUCGACCACGAGCGCUUUUCGUCGCCGGGAAUCGGAGAUGGGCGAACAUGCGCCCUUGAUUUGGGGAAAAUCGGGCUCAGUCCGCUCGGCCCCUCCUCCGGCAGUCGGGCUACAAGCUCAGGUGUCCCUGAUCUUACUCCGCCUCCAGGCCACGAGCGGAAUAGCCCAAAUAUCCCGCGACGAGCGGACCGCGGCCAGCUCCGACUGCAACCCCGACUCCCUCAGCUCCGACUGCGCAUAGUUUUUGAUUGGGCCGGCGAGGUAGGGGGCAUGUCGAUGGGAGAACGAUGCACAAUCGUCGAUCUGGAGGCCCGCCGCCCCUCGGCUCCGUUGACUCGAUUGGGUCAUCAAUCUGGAGGUUCGGUGGCGUUAGGAGAGGGGAAAGGUUCGGUGCGCACCUACCCAUCUGGUCACCAAGGUUCAUCCGCAUGUGUGAUAUGUCAACAUGUUUAUUAGUUUGUUAUGUCACUCCAGCUUGACAAAUUCACAACUGAAGAACUAAACCCUCAUGACUCAUGAGCUUUGCCUAACUCAAACUUUACUCUGACAAGUUUCUUGCUUUGUACUAUGCACAAGCAUCGGAAGAAAUCAUGCAGAAUAUUGUCUCUCCAGAUGGGACACUUGAACUCGGAACAUUUUGGCUCUGCCACCCUGGGUCAGAGAAAUUCAAUCUACAGGGGCUGCCGCCGAAUAGAAAAAGGCUACCCACAGUAAAUAUGAAAGGAAAGAGAUAUGCUGCAUCAGAAGUAGACCAGAUAAAAGUGGAGAUCCUGAUGGUGAACGUUGCUUCUUUGGUUGCACAGGAUGGACUUGAUAGUGCUGCAGGGGUGUUGAUUAGGAAUGGAAGCACGGCACAGUUUAUCAGUGCAUCAUGUUUCAGUCCGAUACUACGCACAGAGCCAACUCUUCUUUUUGCAGCUGCUUGUUGCGAAGGGAUUAAAAUCGCGCUGUCAUAUCAACCAACUACUAUUGUGCUGGAGUCCCACCUGUUGUUCAGUCUGCGCAACCCGCUAUAUGCUGAUCCGAAUCAACAGCCAGAUAUUGUACAGUUGACAGAGUUCCUGAGCCAGGGUCACCCCCAUUUCAUAGUCCAGAGCAUUUCGGAAGAAUCCAAUCUUGCUGCUUGUCGAUUGGCCCUUAACGUUUUGCACAUAAAGGAGUCCUAUAUGUUCUUCAAUGAUCCGCCGGAAUGGCUUGUCCCUUACUUAGAUGAGUGAGGAUAGUUUACUAUUGAGUUCGAAAACGAUUCACUGGCUACUCAGUAGAAAGCUUCAAACAGAAGGUGCAUGGUGCAUCUGGCAGCUACAACCUUUUUUUCUUUGGGUGUACAACUGUAGAUAUAGUCAGUAUACAGAGACAGUAACAUUCUCGUAGUAUCUGACGAGGCUACUGAUACAUAUAUGGCAUAUGGAUAGUCUUCUCCGCGUGUGCUUAGUUCUGGUACUUUGUGAUGUAAACCUGUAUAAAACCAUAUGCUGAUGAUGAGUAGAAAUGAUUACAGUUGACAUGUAAUCUUCACCUUUGGUGGUUUGUUCUA